AUGACACUUCGAUUCAUCCGCAAUCCCAUUUACAUUACCAGACGUGCACUCCUAAGUAACACACAGUUACAUCCCAUUUCAUUACCCAUCAGUUACACUCGCACAUCCAUUGUCCGUCUUCGAUCCACCAAUGCACACACACACUCAAGUCCACAAGAUAAAGGACCGCAUGAUGAAGCACCAUUCUCUACAGGUCCCACGCGGGAGAAACCUCAUAGUGAAGGACAUGCAGUAAACAAAGCAAAAGAAGUUUUAACAUCAGAAGACAUCGUCUCGAAACCUGACAAGAUAAAAGAGGCUGAAAAAGGAAAGGAUAUGAUGCACAAGACGAAAGAAAAGGUGGAAGAGAAGGCGCAUCAAGCGAAAGAAGCCGUCAAACAUGCAGUUGAUUCUGGGGAAAAGAUGGCGGAGCAUGUUGGGGAUAAAGUUAACGACUCGGUUGCAGGGGCGACUGAGAAGAUGUAUAAUGCAAAGGAGACUGUAGUUGAGAAGGCUCGACAUGCUAAAGAAUCUAUGAAAGAUAAGGCCGAGUCGAUAAAAGAAUCAGGAAAAGAGUCUUUACAAUCUGCAAGUUCUAAAGUUGACGAGGCUAAAUCAUCUGCGAAAGAAACUGUCGAUACGGGAAAAUCUACCCUUGCCUCAUCCGCUGAACCGGACCACCCAUUCCCAUCUCCAUCGGAAGCAGCCGCAUCAGCGAUAGAGACUGGGCAGAAUCUAUUGCACAAUGUAAAGGAAAAGGUCGUUGGCACGUUUUCGAAAAUGAUGAACCCCGAGGCUUCUGAUACGCAGUCUGAGGCUGCAGCGAAAGGGAUGAAAGCACGGGCGGAGAGUACAAAUGAAAAACCAAAGAAUGCAGACGAAAAGGCAGCUGAUGCACGAAAGGAUUUGAACGCUGAUAUCGGAAUGCAGGAUCAAGUCGGAAGUCUGGGCAUACAGCCUGAAUCGGAAUCUGCUACGCCUCCGAAUAGAAAUCCCCCGACUUCAUCCGCACAUGAUGCUGAAAAGCACAAACGUGCCGAGAAGAAUCAUACACGGGCGAAUAUUACUACACCCGAAGACCGUGGGCCGUUGAAGGAAACCAAGGAGGCGAUUUCUCCGCGAAAUUCAGUGUGA